AUGAUCAACGAAGAGAUGCCCUUCAACAAGAGCAUCGCGCUGCAGAAGCUCACCGGCCACCAGCUCCGCAAAGGCCUAGAGGAGAUGUUGGCGCCAACCCCAACCCCCGUGGCCUGCUUUCCCCAGCUGAGCCACUCGCUGCGCCUGCGCUAUGCGCCCCAUGCGCCGGCCAUGCAAAAGAUCCAAAGUUUGCAGAUCAACGGCGUGGAAGUGGAUCCGCAACGUGACUAUUUAAUCGCCGUCAGCGAGUUCUACACCUUGGUAGCGGCCGAUGGCGUGAAGACUUUCCACGAGGCAGAUGUGGUGCAGAUGCACGAGGGCCUGAUUCGCGACAGUGUGGUGCCGUGGCGGAGAAAUUUCCACAGAAUUAGGACCAGCUACCGUGGGGGUGUUCAAUAUUGGAUGCGAUUUUGA